CUAGGCCUGAACAGCGAGUAAGAGGAAGAUUCGGUAGGAUAUUAGCAGCCAUUACUGGACCGUAUUAUUUUUUCUACGUUGGGUAGUGUUAUUUUCUGGUAAAAUGAAGCUUCACGUACUCGUACUAGCCAACAUUGUCGGCCUUAGCCUGACCUGUUUCAUCACAAAUUGUCCUAUUGGUGGAAAACGCUCUGAUACUGGAUUCGGGCUCGUACAGUUUUCGAGUGACUUCCGUAAGUACUCACAGUGUCCACCGUGUGGUCCUGGAUCAACUGGCCAAUGCUUCGGGCCUAAUAUUUGCUGCAAUUCGGAGAGCUGUCUAAUUGAUGCGGGAGACAGUCCUCACCUAAGGUCAUGCAAGAGAGAGGCCCUUAAAUUGAAACCUUGCACCAAUACAGGCAUGCGCUGUGGAUCCGAAAAUAAAGGCCAUUGUGCCCUAAACAGAUUCUGCUGUACGUCAGAGGGCUGCAUGGUCGAUGAAGCUUGCAACGGUAAAGACCACGACGUCAUCCGCGAGUCGUUGAUGAUCAUCUAAGUCGCCGGUGUAGCACUGCGUAUAUCACUAACGCACCUAAGGGGAACAACAGCAUUUCCGAAAUAGACAUCUUAUAAUCAACAGCGACGGUCUGCUGUAGUGCCGAUGUGUCACGCCCAACGGGACAGAGUUCGACCCACAUAAUGAAAACCGUCGCUUCUGGGACAGCAAAAAAAUCAUUCAGAGACAAGUCGUUUCCACGUAACCGAAGGCCGUAUCACAAAAGUUUGUUUAUAAUCGAUUGCUGAUUGGGAUUCUAUAUAAGGAUUGAAGCCUUAAGUGCAGAGUUGGCUCCUUAACAUCACUAAAUCAAUGUCAACCAGCCAUCGAAUUAUAAUACGGAACAGCCUUCAUUAGAACCAAUAGUGGCGAUGAUAAUGAUUAUUCUAAUAACGAUGGAGCGUUGAUAAAACGGUCAUCGCGUAUACACCGCGGUCGGUUAGCCGACAGAUCAACCAGCUUUGCUUAUACUGACAACAUUCGGCGAGCUUAGAAGAAAGCUGUCUGUUUCAUGUACCGUCCGGUUGUCAGUCUUGUAAAAAAAAAAAAGUAAAUAAAGGAACAUUAACAAAUCUAGCACCGCCAUUUAGUUUUAACUAUCUGUUGU